UGUGUGUGUGACGCUCGACGUGUCUGUGAGAUGCAGUGGAUCAUCUGCAGUGCUGGCCGGCUCACCAUUUUCAACUCCAAACUGCAAAUGGCAUCGGUUCAAUCCUCCACUUCUCUUUGCGAGCUCUGAGCUUGCCGCGAGAAACGAAUGCUCUGGAGCUUGUAGAGCUUGUUUGGCGCUCACUGCUUUCACUGGAGUGCCCUGCGAUGAGAAGCUUCCACUGAGAGGCCGUACUCACAUCUGAGUCGGUGAGCAUUCAGAUGAGAAGGAUGCUGGAGGGAUGUGACGCAAUGUGUGCCUCUGCCCUCUUGUUUCAGGCGUCUGUGUUUGGCCAGCGCGGCGCCAUGGCGGCUGCAGCCUCAUCUUCAUCUGCUGCCGCAGACUUGUCGCAGCCACAGGUACGAGUAGCCCAUUCAUUCACUCAUUCACUCAUUUGGUUGAUUGGUUGAUUGGUUUCAUCCAUCCAUCCAUCAGAUGCUGCCGUCAUCCCACGAGCGGUACAAGACCGGCACUCGUGUGUGGAUGGUGACAGCCAAUCGGGAGAAGGGCCAACAGGUGUACGUCAAGGCCGACGUCUACCGCACUGAGGAGACCGGCGGACGGACGAGAGUGUCCAUGAGGGAAGUGGAGGGGCGAGAGGACUUCACUGUGGUGGUGCCGCACCAGGCCACGGCAUCGCCGCAUGGCCAUCAGGUAGGCAUUCUGAUGUGCCCAUUGGUCUGGUGGCUGCUGCAAGAUCCACCUUGUGUGUGUGUGUGUCUGUUGUGGUGUGUGCAGAUGCAUGAGGGCUUCACAUUAGUUGAGAGGGCGCCUCGGAAUCAGUCCGACGGCGACACGGUACACACACAGACACACAGACAGCCACAACCACACAGACAGCCACGCACAUAUCUCUCAAUCUGCCGCCUUUACCCUCAGGCCGGCCAGCACGUUGGCCUGUUCGACCUGCCACCGGACGUCGAGCGUGACGUCGUCUUCGCUCUGCUUGGCCCCGAUGGCCUCGCCGGCCUCCGCCGCACCUGCACACUCGGCAGCCAGCGAGUGUCGGAAGCCUAUGUCAAGACGCAGAUCGAUGCACAGCUCGUCGCCAAGGGCCUCAAGAACAUCCUCAGCUAUGACCUGCCAUCCGUCGGUCAUCUGCUGCGGCUCCUGCACAUCAUCCAGCAGAGCGGCGAGUGGGCGGCGACGGUGCCCAUCGUCAGGGUGGCUGUGCAUCAGCGGCGGGGAGGCGGGAAGUUGCCGAUAGAGCUGACCAGUGCUGAUGUGGAGGGGGUGGGCAGCCGGGCGGUGUUUGAGGGGCGGUGUGAGGCGCUGCGGCAGCUCUCACUCAUCCAGCGCCACAUCGGCAUCCCGCUCGAGCGCGACAGCAAUGGCUUGGAGCGGCUGGAUGGGCAUCGGCUGACCAUCCGCCCACUGCUGACGCUGCCGGCCAACCACCCCUUCCGCAAUGGAUACGACGAGGCCAACCCCGUGUGUCAGAGUGAUGGUGAGGGGGGAGGGGGCAGAGCUAUGCGAGAGAGACCAUUGGGUUGUGUGUGCAGGUAUACGUAAUGAGUCUGCGUCAGUUCGCGACGUUGUGUUGGAUAGGUGAGAAAGGGAUGAGCAGAAUGACGCACGAAGACAUUGGCUGCGCCGCUCUGCCAUGAUGUGUCUGAUCAGGAUGGGCUUUGGAGGGUCGAAGGUCACGGACCAUCGUGUCCAGCGGCACGAUCCCACACGCUACAACCGACUGGUCAGCAAGGAACACACGACUGCCUCACCAGCCGCCCACUCACUCAUUGUCAUCUCCCUUUCUCUUCAGCGGCAGCUCGCCACUCAGCCGCCACCCAUCUGGGGCUGCCACACCAUCAGUACCAACCACAUUCGAGCACUAGGAGACUUCAACCGAAUGAUACUGCUGCACGGCGGCCAACCAGACGACACAUUCGAGGCACACAUCUACAUCUACAUCUCCUCCGACACGUCCUCCGACCUGGCCGACGUCUACCUGUACACGACGGAGCGGCCGGUGAUUGGGGUCGGAGCCGCCAGGUUCCCCGAGACAAUGAGGGUGGUGCGUCAGGCGAUGGGAGCCGACGAUAUACAAGUGGCGUUUGGCAGCCAACUGGUCGUAGAGGUAGACUAGAACAACUCAUCUCUCAAAUGCCGACAGUACAGACAGCCUUCCUGUCUGUCUGUCUGUCUGUCUGUCUGCCCACGGCAGCAGAUGGCAGGCAAGCAGGCAGGCAGGUGUGUUCGAGAGACUGACGGAUGGAUAUCUUGGUGGACGGUGUGUGUGCGUGCGUGAUGGGGCGGAGUGGGUCGUGGCGUCCUUCAGUGGGCUGACAGAAUUCAUGUGUGUGGGGGUGUCGUGUCAGUGACGGAUUUUCUAAUACAACGGGAUACAAUGAAGGUUCUCUCCCC